GUUCGCUGGUGCCUGGCAGCUGCUGGCCCUUCCGAAAUCGGUGCUGCGGGUUGGAAAUACGCGUGGGUAGGAGGCGUCCGGGACCGCAUGAGUGCCAUGCGGCAUGGCCAAGUUAUCUAAGGGGAGCUGCUAUCUAAGGGGAAAACACUGCUGCCUCGUUCCAUACAGGAUUUAUUUUUUUUUUUCCUCUCCAUGGCAUGCUUUUUGCUUCACGAAUCUUCUGUUGCCUUGGCAUUAGAGCAUACCAACUACGAACAGAUGUGCUUUCCAGAUCUAUCAAACUUUCAGCCUCUGCAACAAUGGCCUUUAGACACAAAAACACAAGACGAAUUGAAGGCCUUGAUAGCAAUGUGUGGGUUGAAUUUACAAAAGUGGCAGCAGAUCCUUCAAUUGUUAAUCUUGGUCAAGGCCUUCCUGAUAUAUCCCCUCCCACCUAUGUCAAAGAAGAGCUGGCAAAGGCAGCAGCAGUUGACAGACUGAACCAGUACACACGAGGCUUUGGACAUCCGUCACUGGUGAAAGCCUUGUCUCAGGUGUAUGAGAGAGUUUGUGGAAGAAAGAUUGAUCCUCUCACAGAUAUCCUGGUGACUGUGGGAGCUUAUGGAUCUCUCUUUAGUACAAUACAGGCAUUAAUUGAAGAGGGAGAUGAAGUCAUAAUAAUAGAGCCAUUUUAUGACUGUUAUGAGCCAAUGGUAAGGAUGGCGGGUGCAAAGCCUGUUUUUAUCCCACUGAGAUAUAAGAAGGAUGGAAACUCUGCAUCUAGUGCUAAUUGGAUCUUAGAUCCUGCUGAACUUGCAAAUAAAUUCAAUUCCAAAACAAAAGCGAUUAUUCUGAAUACCCCACACAACCCGACAGGCAAGGUGUUUACCAGAGAAGAGCUCCAGGUAAUAGCUGAUCUCUGUAUUAAACAUGAUACCCUGUGCAUCAGUGAUGAGGUGUAUGAAUGGCUGGUGUACAAAGGAAAUAAACACAUCAAAAUAGCUACGUUGCCAGGUAUGUGGGAAAGAACAAUAACUAUAGGAAGUGCUGGAAAAACAUAUAGUGUAACUGGCUGGAAGCUUGGUUGGUCUAUUGGCCCCCAGAACCUGAUUAAGCAUUUGCAAGUUGUUCACCAAAAUACACUGUAUACUUGCCCAACACCCUUACAGGAGGCUUUGGCACAAGCAUUUUGGAUAGACUAUAAACGCAUGGAUGACCCAGACUGCUAUUUUUACUCACUGUCUCAAGAGCUGGAAAGCAAGCGUGAUCGCAUGGCUCAGCUGCUUCAAGAGGCUGGACUAAAGCCUGUCAUUCCAGAUGGAGGAUACUUCAUGAUUGUUGAUGUUUCUACAUUAAAUGUGGAUCUCUCUGGUGUAGAUGAGAAACAACCUUAUGAUUAUAAAUUUGUUAAAUGGAUGAUAACAUCUAAGAAGCUGUCAGCAAUUCCCCUUUCAGCAUUCUGUGGUCCUGAGACAAAAAGACAGUUUGAAAAAUACAUACGUUUUUGCUUCAUUAAGAAAGACAGCACACUAGAUGCAGCUGAAGUAAUCCUGAAGAACUGGAAUAAACAGACAGCCUGAUUCUUCUUACUAACUCUUCCAUCCACUGUAAUUAUGUAAUAGUCGUGGGGUUUAUUGCAAAUUUAAGUAUAAAUUACUUAAUACAGUACAGAAUUAAUAUGACACUGUAAAUAAGUUGUGCUGCCACCUGCUGAGGAGUUAAAACAGUGAUUUACUGACAGGCAUGUAAUGCAACUCAGGUUAUUUUCAGUCUUUUCAAAAUCAUAGAUUCAUCGAAUCAUAGAAUGUCUUGGGUUGGAAGGGACCUCUAAAGGCCAACUAGUCCAACCCUUCUACAAUAAGCAAGGACAUCUCACACCAGAACAGAUUGCUCAGAGCCCCAUCAAGCCGACCUUGAAUGUCUCCAUAUACUUUUUUUCCUAAAAAAAUUUAAAAAGGGAUUAAUUUCUUUUACUGCAAGACAAACAUUUGUAGGACUGUGUGAAGUAAACAGAUGAUAGGUGUAUUUUAAAACUUAACAGAAAAAAGUGGGAGGUGGUUUUGGUAGAGAUAGUAUAGGAAGUAGGGGUGAGACUUAGUCAUCAUGGUUUGUGAAACCCAAUAGCCUGCAGUGAAGGAAAAUUAAGAUACGCCUCAUUAGAUAAUUUCAGUGGAUUUCUACGUAUGUAGUUACCUACCACAACUGUCCAUGAACAAAUUGCAUCAGUUUAGAUAAAGCAGUUGUUAAAUCAAUGCAGUGCUUAAACGAGAGGCAAGAUUGAGAAGUGCUAAGUUGCAUAAUUACUAUUUGACUGAAAAUAUUCAGUUCUCAAUAAAAUUAGAAAAAUCACAUUUAGAAUGGGAAAUCUAUUUACUCAUGUCUGCCUAUUUGUUUAUUAUAUGGAUGAAUCUGCAAAGCAAAAUAGAAGACUUUACUUCAGAGGCUCCUUCACAAUCAGAUGUACAGUGAUAUAAUUGAUUCUGUCAUCCUUUUUGUUACCAUGUUCACAACACUGGUAACUUCACACCAAACAUAUUUCAAACUCUUUAGGUCUAGGUGGAGCAUGAAGAUGGGUCUAAUACUGUGCUUUGAAGCUCAACUAACUUUGUUUAAAGCUCAGUUGAUAGAGGACUCAAAAGAGAUCAAGAUGGAGAAUUCCUUUCUAGGAGAAGCACUUCAAGAAGGUAACUUUUUAAGGCUAUGUUAUGUUCUCCAUGUUGUUUCUAUAUUCUUCCCACAGACCUAACGAUGGAAAGCCUGAACAAAUUCAAUAGCUGGUUUUGCAAAUCUAUGAUCACACAGCUUGAAUCUUAACUGAAUGCCAUCAGCCUGUGACCAUGGCCAGGGCCUAAAAUAAAGUACAGAAACUGGACUGUGAGAACAGCUGCUAGGCUCUUUCAGUAGCACUUCUUGGUCUGGGGUUUUUAGGAGUCCAGCAGCUGGGUCUUCAGUACCCUUUGUUAGCUGUCUUGUGCUGCCAUUCCCCAGAUCUCACCAGAAGAUGGUUGGCUGGUAUUUUUAAGGUGGUGUGUAGUCUUUGUGUAGAAAAAUCAAUUUAGUAAUUAAAAGAACUGAAAUUUCAGCUGAAUUUCAUGUGGAAAUUCUCUAUUUUACAAGGACUUUAAAAUUCAUUUUUAUAAGUUGUACUGGAUAGCUGGGCUGUUGCAGGCACUAAGGGAGCAAUGCAACAGUGAAUUGAGCUGUAUGAUAAUUUGGGAAAAGAAAAUGUAAAAUAGUCUGCUGCUUAUUUGAAAAGUAAUUUUUUAUAAAAUUAUUCCAAUUUUUCUAGCAUAAGAUAUAUGGUAAAAACAUAGGCUUCUAUGAAUUAUUUGUAUGAUUAUGUGAAUCAACAUUUUCUAAUUUCUUAAGCCUCUGAAAUGAUAAUAAAAUAUUUGAAUUUUGGUUUCUUGCUCUUGAAACAGGUGCUUCUCAAUGCAAUUAAACCUUACACAGGUAAUACUAUUUUCAUCAUUGUUAUAUAUGAAAACUUUUAAAGAUCAUUGCAUCAUACUUCUCUUGAAGAUGACAGCUACAAAGCACAGUUCUUCGUGUAUUUUAACACCCUAUUUCUGCAAUCUAAGAUUUUCCUAAGAUAGAUGAGUUGUAAUGUAUUAAGGUUCUUCUGUUCACUUCUCUUUACAUUGUUUUCAUUGCUCUAUUUAAAAAAAUUAAAAGUGCCUCACUGCUUUCAAA